UGUUACGGCUGGGCGACAAGUUGCAUACCAAAUCUUAAUCGUUUUGGAAAAUACCAGUUUAAUUAAUACGUUUACAUAAUAUAAAAUAUAUUAAAGUGAUGUUAAUAGAAAAUUAAUUGUUAUUUGGUGUGAAAUUUAACAGAAACUAAGCACACUGUGUUCAAAGUAAAUAUUUCAAGCUGUUUCAAGAUUGAUUUUUUAUUUUGUUUAUCCCAAAGUGGCUUAUUGAUAAAAUUGCUAAUAAUUAUCACAUCUCGUCUGACGUGGCUCGUUGUUGACAACAAUUUGGAUAUGUGAAAUGUGAAUUAGGAAAAAUUGAGUGAUGGAUGAAAGCAAUCGUAAAUCUCCUUGUAAGGAAUGCAACAGUGCGGGUGAGGCACAGUUGCAUGCAGAAGUGGCAAACCUUCGGCAACAUGUUGCAGAAAAAGAUGCGCACAUUGUAGGUAUUGAAGCGGAGUUUGUAAAGUGCACCGCUAGAGCUGAUGAUUUAGAGGAGCAGGUCGACACCUGGAGAGAGAAGUAUGAAAGACUGUAUGACUCACAUAAAAGAGUACAGAAAUUAAAUCAAGUAUUGGAAGACAAGUUGCUGCAGAUGGUUGACAAGAUGAAGAGUGAAAAGAGUCAGUUGACAAAAGAUAUUGCUACACUUUCUGUCAGAUUAGCCGAGUCUAAGCAUAACUACAGUAUGCUCCAAAAAGAAAAUGAAAGGUACAAAAAUGAUAUGAACUUAGCUAUCCAGUUGCUACAAUGCAAACCUGACAAUUUUGUGUCUCAAAAACUUGAUAAUCUCCCCGUCGACACUCAAGCAAGAGUAUCCCAAUAUGUUAUGUCUAAAACAUCGAAACCUUCAGGUUCUAGCCAAUCUAAAACUGGCAAUGAUUUGGAUACAUUUGAUGCUAGCGAAUAUGAAUUCAAUAUAUCCGCUUCUCUUAUGUCUAAAAUACUAGAAGAUAGCAUCCAAGAUACUCUUACAAAGCAUUGUGAUACUUGCACAUGUACUAAGUCACAAAGCAAACCAUUCUGUUACAAUGAAAGUUACUAUUCAGUGUCUACACAAACAUUAUUGACGGGUGAAAUGAAGAAUUCACUAUGUUUGAACUGCAACUCUGAGAUAAAGUCUUUGAAAUCAAACGUAAGCAUGAGGAGUGUUUCGCCUCAUGGUAUUAAACUUUUAAACGAAAAGACUAAUCUUGCAAUUGGCAACAUGUAUAUAUUGCCACAAACAGCAAAUAUAAUCACUGAAAGUAAUAAAAAUUUGAUAGAAAAACCUAUUACUAAUCUUAUUGAAACCACACAAUCUCCGAUUGAAACAAAUCCAAUAGUUUGUAACAUAGAAAAAGAGGCAAUUAAAGAGAUAGAAGAAGAAUUAAAACAAAUAAAGAAGAAUAACAUGAAUAUGGAACCAUCAGUGCAUCAUAAGCUUUGCGAUAGAACGAAAACUUCGAUUUCUAGCAAGAAAAGUAGUGUUCAUAGCAUAGGUAAUGAAGAUUUACUUCAAAACAAAGCUAUUGAUAAAGAUGCUAAAUUAAACAGCCAAGUACAAGUAGCUGAGACUAGCAGUUUGCGAAAAAAUUCUCUAAGUUCUAUGGGAGGAAUCAGUCGAACGUCUUCUGUGGCAAAGUCUACAGUUAGCACACACAAAUCCAACACUCAAGUCGGUCCUGGCCCGAGAUUCUGUCACUUACGUAUGCAGGCUGGGUCCAAAAAUAUACUGUUAGAUAACGCGGAACCUGAUGUCCCUCCCGUAUUGUAUAGGCGACAAAGCAAAUGUACCGAAAAUUCUAUUUUCAAAGAUUUAAAUGAUGGAAUGGAAAAUUUUAUAGAUUUAGUGAAAACAGACGAUGAUUACAAAACUGGAAUAAAUAAUGAAAGUGUUGUAGUUGAAACAACUCUUAUCGAUGUUCACGUGGAUAAUAAUAAUAAAGAUUCUGAAAGUUCCAUUAAAGCAAAUUCUAUUAAUCCUAUUCUAUUAAAUGUGUCUUCUUCACCGUUGCAACCUUUGAAAACACAUAAUUUCUCUAAUAGCUCUGAGCACAAUAAUAAUAAUAAUACCCAAAGUAUCACCAGCCAACAAAAUCAAAACGAUAUCGAUAAUCUAUUGAACGAUUUUAACGUAGACACCGCAAUGCAAAAUAACAAUGCAGAAAUAACGACAGACAAAAAAUUUGAUUACGUAAACAACACUGAUAAUCAGGACAUAAAAAUAUUUAAUUUCGAUCAUUAUGAACAAACUAAAGCCGGUCAAUUCUCGAAACAGCUUAAAAAAAUUGACAUGUCUCAACUUCAUUCCAUUGAAAAAACAAAGAUAUCCAAAGAUUACCCACCUAUAGGAUCGAGUUUCGAUAAAAAAGAUCAAGUAAAUGUUAAACAACAAAAAUCAUCAUUACCAGCUAUUGUCAAUGUUUAUCCCAAUUUGACGCAAACUCAUUUAAAAGUUAACGAAAGUACCAAAGUAUUUACAAACGAACAGAGUACUAGUUCUUUAUCUAGCGACGAUAGUGCAGCGUUAUUACAAAAGCAACAAUUGCUCAGAGUUGCGGAAUGGGUCGAGAAAAAUUUGGAACAACAGAACAGUUUUAACGAUCCAUUAGAGGAAGAAUGCAGCUUUGUUAAUCGGAAUAUCAGAAGAGAUAGUAAACUGAGUAGACUGACUGAGACAUUGAACGAACUUGCAUUAAAUAUGCCUCAUCCUGUGAGCAAAUUUUCCAAAUCAUAUACAAGAGAUCACAACAGUUGGAUUCAUAAUACAAAUCAAAAUACUAACCAAGAUAAAGAAACAAAAGUGACAAAAAUAACUGGCAAUGUUGUUAAGGAAACUAUAUUUCCAGUAGAAAGUGGAGAUGUGACGGUAACUGAAAUUAAUGUGGGUAGUACGGAAAGAGAUGACAAUUAUAACAUGGGAAAUGAAUUAGCAGGGGCUUUGAAAUCUAAAGAUAAAGAGAUAUCGCCCGAAGAUUUGGCAAGAAUGGAAUAUAACGUGAAAAAGUUUUUAUUGAGCGGCCCACAUUGGGCGAAUCCGGCCUCAGUCGGUAGAAGUCGACGAACGAGCAGCAAAACCGAGACUGACGUAUAACAUUCCAAUAAGAAAAUAUAUAAAAGGCUAACUUAUUCCCUGAUUCUGUCAGUAUUUAUAAGAGCUUUUCUUUAAAUCAGUUAAUUGCUUACAUUUGAGGCUACGUGUGCAAAGUAUAUUUGUGUAUCUCGCUUUAAGAGAGGGUAACUCUUAAAAUUUAUAUCUUGAAAUGGACUGAUGUUAGAUAUAAGUGGGAUUUAAGGUUAAUGCUAAAGAUUUUUGCUAUACAAUUAACUUUCACUUUUGAUGAUAGAUAGCUGCAAAAGCAUUUAAUAGGCCCGUUUUUAUACAUCUCAUAUCCUAAUUUAGGUGACAAAAUUCUAAACAUCACGGAACAAUAUCAGAUAACAUUACACGUCAAAUAUUUGUUCAGAAGAUUAAAAAAAAAAGUGUUGUUAUUUUUUUUUAACUCGUAACGGGCCAUUUUGAUUAUACAUUAUAACAAUAUGUACCUAAAUAUAGAUAUAAUUUUUUGUUUUUUUUUUUAUUUUAUAUUUUUAUCGAAUUUAAGCCCUAGUCAAAUAUUUUGAUAUUAUUUAUGAAUAUCAUAACUUUUGAUAAUUUACUUAUUACACACUAUAUUUACGCAAACCCAAAAGCUGCCACUUGCAAAGAUAUUAUAGAUAUAGAUUAGGAUCGCAAUAUAUAAAAAAAAAAACAAAGUAUGAGAUUUGACAAAUAUGCAUUCAAGUUUCUAAUAAUGUGAUAAAUACAAAGUAUAAACUAGCUUUCACUUGUGUACAAAAUUGUUUAAGCACAUAUUCUAUUCAGCAGCUAACGUAAUUAAAUAAACGUAAAGUUUUUUUGUCAAAUGUAUUCCAAAGUAUUUUAACUCAUUCCACAUAGAUACGGCUAAGUACGGAAUCCGUCGAUUUAAAGUUAGUACUAAAUAUAUUUUCAAUUUAGUAAUAAGUUAUUUACUGCUAUGCAUUUGUAAUUUUAUGUGAUAAAAGCUGAUAUUUUAAAUUCUUUAUCCAUACAUAUCUUUCAAAGUUUUUCGAAAUAUGGCGAUAUUUAUAUAUUUCUGUUUAGUUUAUAUAAAAUGAGAGAGAGAGAGAGAGAUGUACAAAAAAUGACAUUUCCCUUUUUCUAUACGUCCGUAUUCUACGUCAAAUACACCUCCCCUUCUUGUGCUUACCGCUUAUCUUAAUAUAAAAGGGAAGGAAGGGUAAAAGACCUAGUUUUUGGCCACUGGUACCACUGUCAUCAGACCAAGAAACUUAUCAGUUUUUAUUACGUAAACUUACCGAACUGUGCUUUUGCUACGUCUGCUAAACAAAACGUGUGUGCAAAAUUAUAUGUCCUCUUGAACGGAAUAUAUUUUUAAAUAUAGAUAGGUUAAUUGAAAUGAUAGUACGUAUGGAAUGCAAAGCUAAUUUUGGUGUGUAUUUAUAAUGUUAAAUUCUUGCACAAUUUUAUGUCUUAAUGUUAGUGAUCGUGUCCGCAAGUAUGUCAGGGGUGUCCAAACUUUAUAAUUAUUAAUUUAAUAUAACUUACUUUUAGUCAGUUUUACACUGUACCUGGGGUUGAGAAUUUCUUAAUGAGUUAAAUCAAGCCUUUGUAACAUUAUCGUUCAAGUAAAUUUAAAUAAACCAUAAUUGGUAAAGUCAAUGAUCAAGUCAAGACCCUCGUUGGACACCUCUGGCAUAUAUGAAGCAUAUUUCGUAUGAUAGAAAAAAAUGUGAAACAAAUUAAGUUUAUCACAUAUUUGUGAUAGUUUUUUUAUUCUUAAAAUUAUGUACUACUUGUGACAAUAUUUUGUGAUGUAAUUGUAUUUAUUUCUUUAUCGAUUAUUGUGUUUUUAAACAUUGUUAAUUUUUGUAUUGUGAUUAUAUGUCAUAGAUCUGCUUCCCGAAGUGUAAGAAAGCUAGGGCUGGCCCUGUGUAAUGAAGCUUCAGCGGCGUACAUUGUAAACGUGUUUAUUUAUUAAAUACAUGGUGACGUA